AUGAGCGCUGAAAGGAACCCAAGUACUUCCUCUGGCCAUCACCGCAAGUCGGUGGCCGAGGAGCCUGUGACCUCAGUCCUUGCGCCCGGAGAGGUUCCUGUCCACGAUCGAGAAUACGAUGCAGACGAGGAAGUGCUGGCCGCCCUUGGUUAUGUCCCAGAGUUUAAGCGCGAAUUUUCUCUAUGGACGACAUUCUGCGUGUCUUUUGCCGUCCUAGGCUUGCUACCCUCUUUCGCAUCCACUCUUUGGUACGGCAUGGGUUAUGCAGGAACCCCUGGUAUGGUAUGGGGAUGGCUGAUCGCCAUGGCUUUUAUCCAAUGUGUUGCCAUGGGCAUGGCUGAAUUAUGCUCGUCGAUGCCGACGUCCGGUGGUCUUUACUAUGCUGCAGCCGUGCUAGCACCUCCAGGCUACGGACCGCUGGCAGCUUGGAUUACCGGCUGGUCAAAUUGGUUCGUUCAAGUGACAGGAGCUCCCUCUGUGGAUUAUGCUCUGGCAUCCAUGAUUCUUGCGGCUGGUUCGAUUCAGAACCCCGAUUAUGUUCCCGAGAAUUACCAGGUUUGGCUUCUUACCACUCUCAUCAUGAUUAUCCACGGAUGCAUCUCCUCUGCGCCCACACGUUGGAUUGCAACCAUCAACUCCUAUGGGAGCACAUUCAACAUCAUUGCUUUGGUCAUCACUGUCAUCACCAUUCCAGCUGCAACUACGCGACCUGACCAGGGACUGCCCAGAUUCACGAAGAGCAGUACAGUCUGGGGCAACUUCUACGAAGGCACUGACUUUCCAAACGGCGUGGCGCUUCUCAUGUCCUUUAUCGCAGUAAUUUGGACGAUGUCGGGAUACGAUGCGCCUUUCCAUCUUGCCGAAGAAUGCAGCAACGCCAGCAUUGCCGCGCCGCGUGCAAUCGUUUUGACAUCAGGUGUUGGUGGGCUUAUGGGCUGGUUCUUGCAAUUGGUGGUCGCAUACACAGUCAUCGAUAUUGAUGCAGUGUUGGAGUCUGAGAUUGGUCAACCCUGGGCAUCCUACCUUGUGGAAGUGCUACCCAAGAACACUGCCCUUGCGCUGCUUUCGUUGACAAUCAUGUGUGGAUUCUCCAUGGGCCAAGGAUGCAUGGUUGCUGCAUCUCGAGUCACUUUCGCCUACGCCCGUGACGAUUGCUUCCCAUUCUCCAAUAUCUGGAAGCAAGUCAACCCAAUUACCAGAACUCCUGUCAAUGCUGUUUGGCUUAACUGUGCAGUCGGAAUUUUAUUGACCCUACUCCUCUUCGGUGGAACUGCGAUCGAUGCAAUCUUCAGCAUAGGCGCCAUUGCUGCAUUCGUCGCCUUCACGAUCCCCAUCACGAUUCGAACAUUUUUCGUUGGGAAUCGUUUCCGCCGUGGACCGUGGCACCUCGGAAAGUAUUCUUAUCCAAUCGGCAUUGCCUCGACCUGCUUUACCACCCUGAUGAUCCCAAUCCUGUGCUUACCCAGCGUAACGGGAAGCGAUCUGGACGCCUCGCUCAUGAACUGGACCUGUUUGGUGUGGGGUGGGCCGAUGUUGCUGGUGUUGAUUUGGUGGGUGGUUGAUGCGCAUAAAUGGUUCAAGGGACCUAAAGUCAAUAUUCAACACCAAAUGAUAGGAAGAGAAGGCAACGUUAUUGACGCAAAGGAUGCAGGCUCUGACUCUGGAAAUGAUGCACUGCCUCCUCUGAAGGGAAGUGAUAAGGUCGCCGAAGUAUAA